UUCUCUUCCUGUCACUUGAAGGAGGCGUCACUGAACAUGUCAAAUGUUGUAGAGUCGUGCGUAAAAACACCCAGAGCAUUCCGGUGACAGUGCCCCUUCUGCCUCGCGCAUAGUUUGGAUCAGAAAGUGCCGCUGGCUCGUGCGUCGCGCUUGAUACGAAAAAAAUGUCGGACUCCAUUAAAAACGUCGCGAUAUUUGGAGCCACGGGAAUGACCGGACUGGCGACCCUGCCGCUGGCGGUGGCUGCAGGAUACAGUGUGACGGUGCUGGUACGUGACCCUGCUAAGCUGCCUGCUGACCACAAGGCCUCCAGAGUGGUGGUGGGAGACGUUCUGAAUAAAGAGGACGUGAAGAAGACGAUGGAGGGCCAGGACGCCGUGAUCAUCAUCCUCGGCACCAGGAACGACCUCAGCCCGACCACCAUGAUGUCUGAGGGCACCAAGAACAUCGUGGACAUCAUGAAGGCACGAGGAAUCCGCAAAGUGAUCGGCUGCAUGUCAGCCUUCCUCCUGUGGGACCGCUCUAAAGUCCCGCCUCGCCUGGUCCCUGUGACGGAGGACCACGACAGGAUGUACACCGUGCUGAAAACCUCGGGGCUGGACUACGUGGCAGUUAUGCCCCCUCACAUCGCCGAUGACCUUCCUCUGACUGAGCGCUACAUGGCGACGGAGAACAUGCUGAGAGGAAGAGCCAUCUCCAAACACGACCUGGGACACUUCUUCGUCAAGUGUCUGUCCACCUCAGAGUGGGACGGCAAGACUGUCGGCGUGUGGGGAGAGUACAAAUAGGAUUUAAAUCUCUUUCUGUGGCUGAUUUAUUUUUUUUUUUUAUAUUAGAAGAGAAAAUAUUUCAGAUAAAUGACAGAAAGAUAUUUGUGUAGGUUCAAACUACUGGUGAUAUUUUUUUGAUAAACCAUUAAAUCUUCCCUGUUUUCACUUG